AUGAAAGAAGGAAUUUCAGAGGAUGGAAACAAUUUCAUUGUCGCAUUCAAUAGAUCACGAUCAUUCGACAGCAUUUCACAAAAAUUCCAAUUUCAGAAAGGGAGGCUCUAUAGCUUUUCGGCUUGGAUUCAGAUCAGUGAAGGAAAUGAAACUGUAGCCGUGAUGUUUAGAGGCGGUAACGGUGAGCCGAUACGUGGUGGUUAUGUUAUAGCUAAGCAUGGAUGUUGGUCUCUGCUGAAAGGCGGCAUGGUUGCUAAUGUUUCCGGCAUUGUCGAGAUUUCAUUUGAGUGCAAGAAUACAGCAGUUGAUAUAUGGAUCGACAAUGUGUCUCUGCAAGCAUUCACAAUGAAGGAAUGGAGAUCACACCAAGAUAUGAUCGUUAAUAAGGUACGCAAAACAAAGGUGAAAUUGCAAGCAACUUACGCCAACAAAACUAAUAUAGAAGGUGCUAUAAUCUCAAUCAAGCAAACAAAAUCGAAUUUCCCAUUCGGAUGCGGUAUGAACCACAAUAUCCUGACCAGUGAUCGGUACAAAAACUGGUUCGGUUCGAGAUUCAAAUUUACUACAUUCACAAACGAAAUGAAAUGGUACAGUACAGAGAAGGUCCAAGGACAUGAAAAUUAUACAAUUGCAGAUGAAAUGCUUAAAUUUGCCAAAGAUAAGGGUAUUUCCGUCAGAGGACAUAAUAUUUUAUGGGAUAAUCCUGUUCACCAGCCUCAAUGGGUGCAAAAACUCUCUCCUCAGGAUUUGAAAAAAGCAGCAAUCACAAGGGUAAAUUCGGUAACUAAAAAAUAUUUGAAACAACUCAUUGCUUGGGAUGUGAUGAAUGAGAAUCUUCAUUUCAGGUUUUAUGAGCAAAAUCUUGGUGAAAAUGCUUCAUCAGAAUUUUAUGCACAAGUUUACCAAAUUGACCCUACUACAAUAAUGUUCUUGAAUGAAUAUAAUACAAUUGAAUAUAGUGGAGAUGAAGCAGCAAAUCCAACUCAGUAUGUAAAAAAACUCAAUGAAAUUAUUUCAUUUCCUGGAAAUAAAGGCAUUCUUGCAGGAAUUGGACUGCAAGGUCAUUUCACUAGUGGCCAGCCAAAUCUUGUUUAUAUGAGAUCUGCUUUGGAUAUUCUUGCAAAAACAGGAUUGCCUAUAUGGCUUACAGAAGUUGAUGUUGCCCAAGGCCCAGAUCAGGCAAAAUAUUUGGAGCAAAUACUAAGAGAAGGCUAUUCUCAUCCUGCUGUUAAAGGGAUAAUAAUUUUUGCAGGUCCAAAAGAAGCUGGUUUUAGUGUUACAACAUUAGCAGAUGAAAAUUAUAAAAAUACUCCAUCAGGAGAUGUUGUUGAUAAGCUGAUUAAAGAAUGGAAAACUGGAAAUUUGGAGCUUGUUACUGAUAACAAUGGAUUUGCACAAGUUACAUUGUUUCAUGGGGAUUAUGAGUUUACCGUUACGAUCCGACGAGUAAUUUCUCGACUACCUUGA